CUCUCAUUAGUCAUUACAAUCAAAACCUACACACAGAGACAGAGAGAUCUAAAGAGUUUUAGACACUGAUCCCAAGAAAAAAUGGCGUCUCUCAAAGUCCCAAGCAAUGUUCCUCUUCCCGAAGAAGACGCUGAGCAACUCCACAAGGCAUUCUCAGGAUGGGGUACCAACGAGAAGCUGAUCAUAUCAAUCCUCGCUCACAGGAACGCAGCACAACGGAGCUUAAUCCGCAGCGUUUAUGCAGCUACCUACAAUGAGGAUCUUCUCAAGGCGUUAGACAAAGAGCUUUCUAGUGACUUUGAGCGAGCUGUGAUGUUGUGGACUCUUGAUCCAUCAGAGAGAGAUGCAUAUCUAGCUAAAGAAUCCACCAAAAUGUUCACCAAGAACAACUGGGUUCUUGUUGAAAUUGCUUGCACAAGGUCUGCUCUUGAGCUUUUUAAGGUCAAGCAAGCUUACCAAGCUCGAUACAAGAAAUCACUUGAGGAAGAUGUUGCCCAUCACACAUCUGGUGACCUUCGUAAGCUUUUGCUUCCUCUUGUGAGCACUUUCAGGUAUGAAGGUGACGAUGUGAACAUGAUGCUUGCAAGAUCUGAAGCCAAGAUACUUCAUGAGAAGGUCUCCGAGAAAGCUUACAACGAUGAUGACUUCAUCAGAAUCUUGACCACCAGAAGCAAAGCACAGCUCGGUGCAACACUCAACCACUACAACAACGAGCAUGGAAACGCCAUUAACAAGAACUUGAAGGAAGAGUCGGAUGACAAUGACUACCUGAAACUACUCAGAGCUGUAAUUACAUGUUUGACAUACCCUGAGAAGCAUUUUGAGAAGGUUCUGCGUCUAUCAAUCAACAAAAUGGGAACAGACGAAUGGGGACUAACCCGAGUGGUGACUACACGAACUGAAGUUGACAUGGAACGCAUCAAAGAGGAGUAUCAGCGAAGGAACAGCAUUCCUUUGGACCGUGCUAUCGCCAAAGACACUUCUGGUGAUUAUGAGGACAUGCUUGUUGCUCUUCUCGGACAUGGUGAUGCUUGAAACUAGUUCGAUUGUUUCUUACUGCCUGGUUUGCUUUUAAUAAAAAGAGUUGUGAAACUGCUUCUGCAACUAUUUGUCAUAUAUCGUUUGAGUUUGUUAAUUUGAAUCAAAAUCUA